GUAAGUGCACAUCACUAAGAUUAAGAACAACAUCGAAAAACCACCGAAAACUGUUAUUUAUUUUGAUAGAUUGCAAAUUGGUAUUGGCUUAGAGCAGGCAAACCUCCAUAGUACUCAGGCUAAGCCGCAGGCAGCACGAUGGAUACACCUUGAAAAGCCAGCCGGACUGCCAGCUAGCGGAUUGCAAAAAGUAUGUACACACAGCUCGGGGCGUCAAAAUUAUAAACAAAAAAGAAGCGAACUCCUAGUCGGACGCGGAAUGUAUAAGAAGUCAAGGUGUGUCCCAUUAGGAGUGACGAUGUGCUCCUGCGGAUCGAGGGCUCUUAGCUUAGCGAUUCCCGCUUACUGCGAGGCUCAUCUAAACUAAUCCAAACCAAUGGUGUAUGGGACUAUCCUAGAAGUAGCAAAUUGAAACGAAAAAUACGAAUCCCUAAUUACAUACGUAGAAAAUUAACUUUAGAAGUAAAGCCAAACAGCUGGUGCCGGUGUUUCCCAGGAAGCGGUCCUCAAAAUCUUAGUUACGAAUUGAAAUAAUAAAAGCAAACAAAUGGUACGCAGCCGUCGUAGUGUGUCCAAGGAGGACGCCGUCUCUCUGCUCACAGACAGCGGCAUAUCGUUGUCCUCGCCGCCGGCGGCGAGGGAAUCCUCACCAGGCCACAUACUUUCGAUCAAGAGGAGGAAGAGCAGCUUGGCAAGUCUGCGGGACGCAUGUGUGGAGGAGGAAGAGGACGACGGCGGAGAGCAGGACUCAAGGGAUGACGACUACGUGCAGCCGCAGCUGAAGAAGUCUGCCCGAAAGGUCGAACCGGUGAAACGCAAGCACCAUGUCUGCAGCCAAUGCUCCAAGGAGUUCGGCGGCAAGACGGAUCUGCAGCGCCAUAUGCUUAUCCACUCGGACGAGCGACCGCACAAGUGCAAGGAUUGUGGCAAGAGCUACCGCCAGGCGGUCAAUCUGAAGAACCAUAUUACCACCGCCCACGAGCAUCGGAAGCAGUUCGUCUGUUCCCAGUGCCCAAAAUCAUUCGCACUAAAGGAGCGCCUGCGCCUCCACAUGCGCCUCCACUCUGGCGAGAAGCCCUAUCCCUGCGCCCUCUGUGACAAAAAAUUCGCCCGAGGAGGUCAGCUUCAACAGCACAUGGUUUCUCACCACAAGACGAGUAUCCAGCAGUUCAACUGCACAAAGUGUUCGGCCAGCUUCUCAACCAACGCCAAUUUGCGGGUGCACAUGGAGCGACACGAACAGGGCAUGGAACACCGGUGCAGCAUCUGUGAAAGCCAAUUCGCCAAUGAGCUGGCCCUGAGGGCCCACAUAAACCAGGAGCACCACAAGCUGACGCAAUUUGAGUGCGAGAUAUGCCACAAAAUGAUCGAGCCGGACGAGGAUCUGGCCACUCACAUGCAGAGACACGCCGCUGUUAAGACACACGUGUGCGAGGUGUGCAACACAUAUUUCACCCAGAAGAGCCAGUACAAUGUCCACAUGCGGAUGCAUACAGGAGAGCGCCCAUACCAAUGUAGGAUCUGCCACCAGACCUUUGCCCAUUCAAGCGUACUAAAACUGCACAUCCGGAAGCACACGGGAGAAAAACCCUUUCGCUGCCAGCUGUGCGAGGACGAAGUAGCUUUCUCUCAGCUGGCACACCUUAAGAACCAUAUGAAGAAGAUACACAAACAGCAAAAGCCCUACAUGUGCGAAGGCUGCAACGAGUUCUUUAAGAUCAAGGUGGAGCUGCAGUCGCAUGUUGAGCAGUGCGAUAAGUGUCCUGUUGGCGGAGACCAAUCCAGUGGCAGUCAGUCUGAAGAUGCGCAAAUCCUCUCUGUGUUAAGAUUCAACAUGGCAGUGGUACUGAAAAAAAUUAGCUCCGCUCAGAAGCUACGCCAAUUGGGUUACGAGAAGCGUCUGAUCGAUAACGUUAUCAUUGCAUCCUUAAAGCUGGCUCAGCGACAAUCCCAUGAUGACGCCACGAUGGCACCAUUGGCCAGACUCCGUCUAAAUGUGGAGGAAUUUCUAAAGUGGAUUGUGCCAGCCCCCACAAUGCAGAAAUUCAGCGACGAAUUGUUAUCUAUCGACACAAUUCUUGAGAAAAUUGCUACCAUGUAUAUGAAGCAGAAGUAGAAUCCCGGAGUUGCUAGCCAACGCCAAAUGCGAGUGUGCCAUAGAAGAAGGAUUUGUAGAAAUAGUUCUUGCCAUUUAGUUUAGUGUCUAGUAACCCAAAGUUGCAGAAUGAAACCCAACCAAAUAAUUUAUCCCAAAGAUGUAUACUUUGUACUAAAGAUCAUUUUUAUGAAUUACUAUCCCUUACCCCAAUUUUGCUGAUACCAAAAAGGAUAAUUUGAAAAAUGUAUGAGUUAGUGUGGGCAUAAUCAUUUUCCUAUAAAAGGAAAUUAGUUUAAGAACGAAUUUCGAUGCAAUAAUUUAUAUAAUAAUAAGUUUAACACGAUUGAAACCUCAAAUAUUUUGUAUUCUUAGUCUUGCCAGAGAAACAGAUUGUCCCGAAGUGAAUCUAUAACAGCUCAGUACAACACAACUAUUUGUGGCCAUGCUUGUAAAACGAAUAAGCUUAAUGCAUUUAGUUGCCAUUUGUCUUUUCCAACCAUUUUUUUAUUUCAAAAACUCGAAGGCGUACAAUGUAUUGUGUAAAGAAUGCAAAAUCUGAAGUAUACAACUGAAAUGCAAAUCAAAAUACGCAAGUGAAGUAAUGAAAUGAAUAAUAAAUAUUGUUUGUGAUUACAAUCCAAUACCAAA